GCAGGGGACGAGCAGGGGUAACGGGGGAAGGUCGCGAGUUCUCGGGGGGGGGGGGGGGGUUAAGCAGGGAGUUGGGGCGCGGCGCUUGCAGGGUUGAGGACUCGGAGACCGUGCGGACCCCCGGUUCCAGAGGCCAUCUGAGGACAGUCACCUUCAGCUUUUGCACACACACCGCCCAAUGAUUUGCCUCCAGGCCCUGAGCCUUCAGAGCACUUCACUUGAUCUUUAUCUGUAUGGGUCCAGGCUCUUCAGUCAAGCAGAAAGCUUAUAAGGCAGCUCUGACUAAAGAUGACUUCCUUGUUGGCUCAAGAAAUUCGCCUUUCUAAAAGGCACAAAGAAAUAAUAUCACAAAGAUUAAUGUUACUUCAACAAAUGGAGGAUAAAUUUAUAGAUAAAAACAAGGAAAAGGCAUCUCAAAUGAAAGCAGCUGAGACUGCUUUUAAAAGGAACCUUAGUCUUUUAAUGGACAUAGAAGCAGCAGAAAAGUCUCUACAGACCCGGAUUCACUCAAUUCCAUCACCAGAGGUGGUUUCUCUUGAGACUCUUUACUGGGCAUCAGUAGAAGAAUAUAUUCCCAAAUGGGAACAGUUUCUUUUAGGAAGAGCACCAUAUCCUAUCGGUGUUGAAAAUGAAAACGAAGCAGAAAAUACCAUUCAAAAUGAGGCUCAGGGAUAACUUCUUCACGUACUCUUUUCAAAAAAAAAAAAAAUCAAAACAAAACCUGUUUCAUACAGCUGAAUAUUAAAGAAUAUGCAGAUCAUCUCAGGCACCUUAG